AUGUCUUUGCCACCUUACGAUUCGGAAUCAGCACCCUCGAAGCCAUCUGGAUCUGCUCUCUCCCGCGUCCCACCUGAGCUCCUCGCAGAGUUCUUCCUUUACUCUGUUCGAGAUGCCCUUGUAAAGCCCCGCUGUGACGAUACACCACUGAAUAUCGCUGCAGCCUCCCGUGAAUGGCGAGCCGUCGCGCUAUCCACGCCCAAUCUUUGGGCACGGUUCUCCAUGGUCGUUAAACCUGAAGGAAAGACUGACGACCAACUGAAGAACUUUCUGCCUCUCCUCGAAAUGUGGCUAAAGCGGUCACAAUCCGCCCCCUUGUCUUUUACUCUCAGUUUCAUCCCGGCUGAGGACGACCCAGAGCGGGGAAUCGCCACAGUCUUCUACCCCCUUAUUAGAACCUUGCAGCUGCAUUCCAAGUGUUGGGUGGACGUCGAACUUCACACGCCUGAUAUCGAUUAUGUCCCUUCACCGCGCAUCUACAUGAUCGAUACGGACCACCCGCUUCUUGAGCGGCUCACACUGUCCAGUUGUCUCGCAAACGACGUCGCCCUUUCUCUCUCGCCCGGGAACGCACCGCGCUUAUCCUCUACCACCCUUCCGACUCCCGCGCUCCUAAGCUGUUUGCUCCCCUGGGCCCAGAUCACGACGCUUCAUAUAAGAGACAUCGACACGAGCCCAGACUAUGUUCACGACAUCGUCCAUGUCCUGUCGCAUUUCUCGUGCCUCCGCGUACUUCACAUCCAGGCCGACCUUGAAAUCGUCUUCCUCGAUGACGCCGUUCCCACCCGGAUCACGCUUCCCUAUCUCACCCACUUUCGUAUCGCGAUCAACGUCGAGAUGAUCCUGGACGCGCUCCUCGCCGCACUCGACACCCCAGCACUCAACACACUCUCGUUCUACGGGUGUUCUCACGCCACUUGGUCUCCCAGCAUCGCAACGUUCGUCGAGCGUCAUUCCCAGUCCGCACCCUCUUCAAUCGAGACCGUCGAAGUAGGAUUCGAAGGUCCUCCGUACGAUAUGGUGCAGUCUAUCAGAUUCUGGGGCAGGUUCUCCAGGCCGGGGCCGGGGCCUAAAUGCGUAGGGCUGCAUCUGGAUGAGGGGAAUACUGUCACGAUCCAGGCGUUGUCUGAGUACAGUCGGUCGAUGUGGGUGCUCGGGGAUCGCUCUGGGCCGGUUUUGGAGGAAGUGGUGUUGUCGUUCGAGAUGGGAUAUGCGUAUCUUCACCCGGACACGUUCAUCAAGACGGUGCGACAACUCACGGUUUUGGUCGAUGGGGAGAGGCGCGGUUAUGUACCGCAGGGCGAUGAUGCUGGCCUUGGAAACGAGGACGGGAGGACGGGGGCGGCGUUCUUCCCAUGUGCGCGGAUGGGGAGGCUUAUUAGGAUGGCCCUUGCGAGCUUGGUCGAGAGGGGUGUGGAAUUGACGUUCGAACGCGCCGAGAAGGGUUGUAUGUUCGCGUGA